GGAAAAGCGGUAGUGUGUUUCUGUAAGUGCAGAUAAAGGCGAACCGGGUGUUUUUAUCAAGUCCUUACAUACAGGGAUAACGUACGACUUUAGUUCCGAGCCUGGUGAAAUGGCGGUUCCUGCGGGUCAGACGGACGUCCAGAUGGACCGCGGCGCCCUGAGCGGCCAGACGGUUUCCUCCGAAAACAACAUAGACAUCGACGAGAAAGAGUUGGAAAACAUCACAAAGAAACACCGAGAAGAAGACACGGCGACGCUGCCUCUGCACUCGCCUUGGACGUUUUGGCUGGACAGGUCACUGCCCGGCACCACAGCAGCAGAAUGUGAGUCCAACUUGAAGAAGAUCUACACAGUGCAAACUGUUCAGAUGUUCUGGAGUGUAUACAACAACAUCCCUCCAGUCACAGCCCUGCCUUUGAGAUGUAGUUAUCACUUAAUGCGCGGAGAGCGGAGGCCGCUGUGGGAAGAAGAGAGUAAUGCAAAGGGAGGCGUAUGGAAGAUGAAAAUACCAAAAGAAAACACUUCUGCAGUUUGGAAAGAAUUGUUACUCGCUACUAUUGGAGAGCAGUUUGCAGAUUACUGCGCCUCAGAUGAUGAGGUGGUUGGCGUCAGCGUUAGCGUCCGGGAUCGGGAAGAUGUUGUACAGGUGUGGAAUAGCGACGCAUCUCUCGCUAAUGAAGCAAAUAUCUUGGGGAAAGUUUAUGAGCUGCUCCCGUACAUAUCUUUUAAAGCUGUUUUUUAUAAGUCUCACAUGGAGCAUCAUGCCUUUGAGGGAGGACGCUCAAGGCAUUAGAUUCUACUGCCCCCCCGCCCUUUUUCUUCUUUUUUUUUUUUAACCUGAACUCUGUUCCUGCCUUGGCGUGAAGGCGCUGUCCACAACCUAAUCGAGGAUAUUAUUUUGCUCUCAACAAGGAAAUGUUAUCAAUCUAUUUUUAUAACUUUUAAUGACUGAUGCCUUGUUUCAUUUAAAUGUGGGUCCUAACAGCUCGAAACUCUCGAGAGAAUGUUUAUCCAGCGUAAAUCUCACCCCGAGUUCGUUACUUCACGUCGGUUUUUUGCCUUUCCUGCUACACUGAACUGCACUGCCACCAUGGUCCCGUCAUGUGCACAGACUGUGGACCUCGCAAUUUUAUUCCCGAUAGAGGUAGCAGCUACUUAACCUAGCUAGUUUCAGCUGUUGUGUAUGUUAGACGUAUGCAUUCAUGUCGUGUUUUAAUCAAGUCUGCUUUUUCGGUGCCAAAGCACUUUCCUGCCAUUUAAGGAGCUUGUAUCUUAAUGGUGAAGGUGCCGUUUGUAUUCAGCUGGACAUUUGCCACUUGGAUGGAGGUGAAUGUCCCAAUUGGUUUCUUGAAUCUUCAUCAAGUGUACAUCAAACUUAAAUCAGGGUAACAUUUCAAAGAUAUUGCACAUAGCUGCCAGUUCCCAUUAUGAUGUUAUCUAGUUAUAAAGCUGUCAUAUAGCACAGAUAUGACAUUCAGAGCCUGCAUAUUUGGCUUGUGAUUUUAUCUUUUUUUUUUUUUUUUUUUUUUUAACAGCGUUAUCCUGUAAGGUGCCUCUAACAAUGCUCCUCUCCACACCCUGUUGGACAUUUCUUUCAAUAUACGUGUUGAAAGACCCCACCCCCGCCCCGCUCUCUUAAACGGAGUAAUAGAUUGUUUAGGGGAGAUACAUGGCACAUUUUUGUGCUCGGCUCUUUGGUGUUUGUCUCUACUUGUUUCUCCUACCAAUAAAUCUAGUAGUUUGCUUA